UUGAGAAUAUAAUUUGUGUAUUUAAUAUUUUUUAUUUAUUAUUCUAUUUAAAUGAUCGAUGGAAAAUUUAAGAUAUAUUAAUGCAACUCUUAUUUGAUGACAUUGAAAGAUUUAAAAACGUAAGAUUAUAUUGUUUGGAGUUUACUUUAGACCACUGGCGCCUUCGUAAAACAAAGGUUCAUUAUCAGUUAGGCUUAAGUCCAUUCUUUUUUAUGUAAAUAAGUAUAGAUCUAUUUGUGAUAUGUUUAUUAUAAAUCCCCCCUUUCCUUUUAAAUUGCAAACAAGUAUACAACAAAGUAUACAAAUAAGUUAUAAGUAAAUAAGCUUCUUCUCCCCACCCCAUAACGUUUCAUCCAUAUAAAUGAUGGAACAUUUAAUGUAUUUCGUUUAGAAAGCAUCUCGCUGCAUUUCUAGUUGAUAUCUUACAGAUUCUUCGCAUUAUUAUUUCCAUUAUUAAUGUAUACCCCUUUGAUCUACGGUGAAGUGAUUAAUUAAGAAAAUAAUUUCAUUAUCGUACCUGUUAUUUAAUUAUUCAUUAGUACGUAACUGAAACACAAAACAUAAGGAACAAAAUAAAUAAAUAUAAAUAAACAAAUAUAAAAUGCAAUCUCUAAGACAAAGGGUUUUUACCGUGGUAACAAAGAAGAGGUACGAUCAAGAGAGAAGGUUUUUAAGUAGCAAAGAAAUAAUUGAACGCGACAAUAAAUACGCUGCAAGACAUUUCAAGCCACUACCCGUUGUACUCACCAAAGGCGAGGGUGUUUAUCUAUGGGACAACGAUGGGAAACGUUAUCUCGACUUUUUAGCUGGUUUCUCAACAGUCAAUCAAGGACACUGUCAUCCCCGUCUAGUCAAAGUUAUGAAUGAACAAGCUGCAAAAUUAGCUCAUACUUCGCGAGCUUUUUAUACCGAGCCGCAUGGAGAAUUAGGAGAAUAUUUAACAAAAUUAAUUGGCUAUGAUAGAUUCAUACCUAUGAAUACAGGAGUUGAAGGUGGUGAUACGGCUAUUAAACUUGCAAGACGAUGGGGAUACAGAGUAAAGAAAGUUCCAAAUCAAAAAGGAACAAUUGUCUUUGCGAAAGGUAAUUUUUGGGGCCGAUCGUUAGCAGCAUUGUCGGCAUCAACUGACCCCAAUUGUUUCAACGAUUUUGGACCGUACAUGCCACUCUUUGAUAAAGUACCGUACAACGAUUUAACGGCACUCGAAAACAAAUUCAAAGAGGAUCCAAACGUUGUUGGUUUCAUGAUGGAACCAAUUCAAGGAGAAGCUGGUGUCGUUAUACCCCAUGAUGGAUACUUAAAAGGUGUUAGAGAUUUGUGUACGAAAUACAACGUUUUAUGGAUCGCUGAUGAAGUACAAACCGGAUUGUGCAGAACUGGGAAACGUAUGGCGGUAGAUCACGAAAAUCAAAAACCAGAUAUUAUGAUUCUAGGAAAAGCACUUUCUGGUGGAAUGUAUCCAGUUUCUGGUGUCCUGGCAAACGAUGAGAUAAUGAUGUGUUUCGAAACUGGUUGCCACGGUAGCACUUUUGGCGGUAGUCCUUUAGGUAACAAAGUAGCAUUGGAAGCGGUAAAAAUUUUGGAAGAAGAAAAUCUCGCAGAGAAUGCUAAGAAAUUAGGCGAAGUAUUGAAAAAUGAAUUGAGUAAAUUACCGAAAGAUAUUGCCGUGGAAUUUAGAGGACGUGGCUUGUUGGCUGGUCUUCUUAUCAAUAAAGACAUGGCGGAGGGUUGGGAUAUUUGUUUGAAAUUACGUGACGCAGGUUUAUUAACAAGACCUGCGCAUGGUCAGAUUAUAAGAAUAUCACCACCAUUGACCAUUACACCGGGUCAACUUGAAGAAGGUUUACAUAUUCUUACGACAACGCUAAAAAGUUUUUAAUAGAGACUGUUUAAUUAAAAAAAUAAUUAUAAUUAGAUUACGUUAUAAUAAGAAAUGUAGUUACCAAAAUUGCACGUUUACGGCUCUUUAUAUAAUGAUUAUUUGGAAUAAUAUAUGAAUCCGUUCGUUGUACGAAGAUAUUUUAUUAUAUGUAUACUUUAAAGAAUGAUAUAUUGUAAUAUUACGCGAUAUACUUUAUAAAUAAUUUCUUUU